AGAAAUGGCUCAAAAGCUCCAGCUCUUUCCGUGCCCUGGGAGCUGAGAUGCAGGGCAGUGCCCUUGCCAGGGUGCCCAAUUCCCUGCAGACUGCCAGAAAAAAAGAGGCCAACUGGAAAGGCGAAAGAGAAAGACUGCCUAGGGGCGAGAUCAGACCCUUGGUCUUUUCUUUCCUCUAAUCUGUCCUGUCUGUGCCCACCAGCUCUCUUGACUUGCCAGAACUAUUUACAACUGCUGUGGGGUGCUGCCUCAGUUUCCUGUUUCAGGCUGCGCUCUGUGACCCACCCCCUUGCUGAACAUUCUGAAAGGAGCUGGACAGCUUUCACUUCUACCUCCAGGCUGGGAUAAGAAACAUUUUCAUAAUGGACACCUCAUCCAAAGAAAACGCCCAUUUGUUCCACAAAAAUUCAGCGCAACCUGCCGGAGGGCCAUCCUUUAAAAUGGGAUAUCCGUCCACAGAGGAAGCGCGGCCAUGCUGUGGAAAACUCAAGGUGUUCUUGGGUGCCCUGUCUUUUGUCUACUUUGCCAAAGCAUUGGCAGAAGGCUAUCUGAAGAGCACCAUUACUCAGAUAGAGAGGAGGUUUGAUAUCCCUUCCUCUCUGGUGGGAAUAAUUGAUGGUAGUUUUGAAAUCGGGAAUCUCCUGGUCAUAACGUUUGUUAGCUACUUUGGUGCCAAACUUCACAGGCCAAAAAUCAUCGGAGCAGGAUGCCUGGUCAUGGGCUUCGGAACUAUGCUCAUUGCUGUACCCCAGUUCUUCAUGGAGAAGUACAGCUAUGAGAAAUAUGAGAGGUAUUCUCUCUCCUCCAACAUUACUCCCAGCAUCUCUCCGUGCUACCUAGAGUCCAGCAGUCCGUCACCAAGCUCAAUCCUGGGGAAGUCACAGAACAAAAUAAAUCAUGGAUGCGAAGGGGAUGCAGGUUCCUCCAUGUGGGUCUAUGUCUUCCUGGGGAACCUUCUCCGGGGACUAGGCGAGACACCUAUCCAGCCCCUGGGCAUCGCCUAUCUGGACGACUUCGCCAGUGAAGACAGCGCUGCUUUCUACAUUGGAUGUGUGCAGACAGUGGCAAUCAUAGGGCCUAUUUUUGGCUUCCUUUUGGGCUCAUUAUGUGCCAAACUGUACGUUGAUAUUGGCUUUGUGAAUCUAGACCAUGUAACCAUCACCCCAAAGGAUCCCCAGUGGGUCGGGGCCUGGUGGCUUGGUUACCUAAUAGCCGGGUUCCUAAGUCUCCUCGCAGCUGUACCGUUCUGGUGCUUACCCAAAACUCUACCAAGGUCCCACAGUAGAGAGGACUCUGGCUCCUCAUCUGAGAAAUCCAAGUUCAUCAUAGAUGACCCUGUUCACUACCAGAUGGCACCUGGAGAAGAAAAAAUAAAAAUAAUGGAAAUGGCAAGAGAUUUUCUUCCAUCACUGAAGACUCUUUUUAGAAAUCCAGUAUACAUCUUAUAUUUGUGUGCAAGCACUGUUCAGUUCAAUUCUCUAUUUGGCAUGGUCACAUAUAAACCAAAAUACAUUGAGCAGCAGUAUGGGCAGUCCUCUUCCAAAGCCAACUUUGUCAUUGGGCUCAUCAACAUUCCUGCAGUGGCCCUUGGAAUAUUCUCUGGGGGAAUAGUUAUGAAAAAAUUCAGGCUGGGUAUUUGUGAAGCUACAAAACUCUACUUGGGAUCAUCUGUCUUUGGCUACCUCCUCUUCCUCUCUCUGUUUGCACUGGGAUGUGAAAAUUCCAGUGUGGCUGGACUGACUGUUUCCUAUCAAGGAACCAAACCUGUCUCUUAUCAUGAACGAGCUCUCUUUUCAGAUUGCAACUCAAGAUGUAAAUGUUCAGAGUCAAAAUGGGAGCCCAUGUGUGGGGACAAUGGGAUUACCUAUGUGUCGGCUUGUCUUGCUGGCUGUCAAUCCUCCAGCCGGAGUGGAAAGAACAUUAUAUUUUCGAACUGCACUUGUGUGGGAUUUGCAGCCCCCAAGUCAGGAAACUGGUCAGGCAUGAUGGGCAGGUGUCAGAAAGAUAAUGGAUGUUCCCAAAUGUUUUUAUAUUUCCUUGUGAUUUCAGUCAUCACAUCAUAUACAUUAUCUUUAGGUGGCAUACCUGGAUAUAUAUUACUCUUGAGGUGAGUGCCAAGUCUUCUCAUUCCAACCUUAGUAUCAUAUACAUAUGUGAGUAUACAUAUAUUAUAUAUACAUAUGAUCUGUCUAUCUAUCUAUCUAUCUAUCUAUCUAUCUAUCUAUCUGUCUGUCUGUCUGUCUAUCUAUCUAUCUAUCUAUCUAUCUAUCUAUCUAUCUAAUCUUCUCUGUGGAGCCAUGGUUCUUGAUAGCUUUUUCAAAUAAUUGACCCAGCUCUUGGUUGCAUUUUAUGUUUCUACAUAAAAAUGUAGCUGAGUAGAGUUUUCUUAAUUCAGUAUGUUUGAUCUAGAUCUAAGUUUAAAACAUAUCAUUGAGGUUUUUCAGUAUAUAUCAUGUCCAGUCUUCUGAUGUUGGUGACAGUAUUAACUAACACAGAUAAAAUGUACCUUCGAUUAAAUAUGCUUCCAUCAAAUGUAUGCAAUAAACAUUUGUGAGAUACCUUAAAGAUAUGCUAAUAACACAGUGUUUUGAAUUGAUCAUUUUGAUCUAUAGGCUAUUAUUUCUGCAUAUUCCUGCUGAGGCUGGAAUUUGCUAUGAUAUUUUAAAAUCAGAUGAGGAUUCUGACCUAUAAAUAUCAUGUGAAUGACUUAAAACAAUUCUAUAUAUUGGACCAUGAAAUAUGUACUCCUUUGCAUAUUUUAAUUGGGAUAUAAGUUUUAAAGUUAAUUAAAAUAGGAAUUAAGCACUGAUUCCUGCUUUAAAUCAUAUAUGUUUAAAAAUAAGAGAAUUUUAAACUUUGCAUCACUUUUUUAAAUAAAAAUAUGAAUCUUAAAGAAUAGUGAUUAGAUAAGCAUCAUGACCAGAUAAAGGUUAUAUUAAAAGAAUGUGUUAUAUGAGUACACGUGUAUAGUGAAUAUCUAUAUGGUAUGCACACAUGAGGCUCUAGAUUGAUGUUGGCAGUCUCCUCAAAUGUUCAUCCAGGGCCCCUCCACCCAU